ACGCCGCUCAGUGUUCCAUCGCCUGUCGCGUCGCUCGCAUCGCCUGACGCGUGUUCUGGCCGCUGUCCGUCUCUCCUCUCAAUCGUGUGUAGUGCUAGUUGUGCUGGGCCGGAACAUCUAUUCUUCUCACGCUUCAUGAGCUGGACACUUUUCCACGUCUGCAGCCUCGAAGUGUGAUGUGGUGCAGAGCGGAUCCGGCUUCAUUGCUCAGCCUCUUGCUGCUGCUCAGCUUAUGUGUUGCAAAGGGACUAAAAGUGACCGACUUCAUGGUGCCUCGGUACGCGGACGUGGGCUCGACUGUGGUGCUCAAGUGCGACUUCACGCUGGGUCAAGGAAAACUCAACUCCGUCAAGUGGUAUAAGGAUGAAGCAGAGUUUUUCCGAUUCAUUCCUGAUACGCAGCCUGGCCAGCCUGAAAUUCUACUUUUUCCUCAAUCAGGAAUCAGCCUGGAUCAAUAUAGAUCAGGAAAGAACAGCGUCGCUCUCAAAGACUUGACUUACAACAGUAGUGGUAUAUAUAAGUGCGAAGUCUCAACUGAUUCUCCUGACUUCAAGACUGAUACAAUGAAUGGGAGUUUGACAGUCUAUGCAUAUCCUACGAGAAGCCCUAGUGUGACCGGGUUGAACUCAUUGUAUCUGCCCGGUGACAUUGUACUGGCCAACUGCUCAGCAGGGCCUUCUCAUCCUCCAGCGCAAAUCACGUGGUUCGUCAAUGGUAUCAAGGCUUACGGCAGCCAGCUGCUGCCAUAUCCUCUGCAGGAGGAGGGCGAGCAGUUGUACAGCAAGGUGCUGGGUCUUCGCGUGGAGCUGUCGGAGAGCGACUUCGAGACGCGCGACGCGACAGUCGCACUGCGAUGCGUGGUGCAGGUGGGCGAACUCGACGCCACCAACAUCGACAAUACGGUCAGGCGACGGCGGCAGACGCUGCGCUCCUCUUCUGUCGAAAGCUCCUCGCAGCGUUUCAGCAAUAACGAUUCGUCCAUGACAAUAGCAAGCCAGAGUUUCGCCGUAUGGUGUCUAAUAAUAAGCACUUUUUCUCCGAUGUGGCUUUUGAGACUGCGUCAUAGCCAUCUUCAUCAUCAACAGAAUGUUCAUGAUCGCUCACUCUAAUACCCUGCAAUGGUCUACGAAUGUGAUAGCUUGGAUAAUAUAGUUUUAAAGACUCAUGGUUGGAAGUGGUGAUCAGGGAAUUGAAAUAUUCGCUAGUUGUAUAUAAUAAUAAUCAAUCAACAUCGAUAUCAAACAUCAAUAUUACAAAUACAGUAAAUAUCUAAAGAAUUCGAUGUUCAAGUUCGAUUUUCCUAUUUUAAAUAGUAUAGACCUUUCUGAGGAGUUCACUAAUAUCACACCAAACGAUUUUUUAUACUCAAGUUGGGAUAGUAGUAUUGAGAUGAUUACGUGAUAAUUCAGUCAAAUCAAUACUCGAAAUUUUAUUUUCCAAAACAUGAAAUCUUCGUAUUCUUUAUUGGAAAGAAUGAUUCUCUGUUUCAACCUUUCAAAUGAUCUAAAAUAAAUGAUCAAAAAUGAAUAAGCAUUGCCUCAAAUAUUGCCUACAAUUUGAUCUACAAUAUGAAUAUUCAAGUUACGAAGUUUGCUCAAAUCCAGUUUCAGUUCACAAAUGAAAAUCAGUACUAUAUUUGAUUUGAUAUAAAUAAUUCAAUAUUGAACCUUCAUAUUAAUUUUCAAUUCUCUCAAUACUCCUCAAUUAUUAUUGUAGGAGUCUCAUGAUGCCAUCCGAAUUUCUGAAAACGCAAGAAAUUAUCAUUAAAAUUAGAGUUAAAAGUGGUUUCUUGAAAGGAGUAGAAUGGAUCAACGUCAAUAUAAAGAUACGUUUCAAACUUUGUCGAUAUUUUGUUUUUACCACACUGAUGUUUUAAUAGAUGAAUGACAGAAUGAAUAUGAACGAGACAAAAUACCCGCAAUUUUCUGAGAUCUCAUUUCGUCGUUUUGAAACAUUAUAUUACUAGUCGAGUUCAUGUGAUAACAAGUUGACUCUUGAAUGAAUAAUACAUCAAUUUCCUAUAUUUCUAACUUUGUCUAGCAUUGUACUGAACAAGAAUCACUGAUUAUGUAUCAUACACUAUUAGAUUAUCUACUCUAUCGAUGAUGAUGAUAAUAAUUGAAAAUUAUCGGUAAUGAUAAUAUUGAUAACCCUCAAUCGUAACUUCGAUAAAUAUUUUUCUAAGGCAAGAUUGUGGGCCAUACUUCAUUAACUAACUCGAAACAUUUUUCUUCUAACCAGUACAAGUUGUUUGAAUUUUAAAAGGGAUAGGUUUUUAAUAACAAUUCAAAUAAAAUGAAUAUUCUUAUCAAUGUCAAGAAUAUCUUUCACUCAACUAUCAAAACCACCUAUAAUGAUAUGUCCAUUAUUUUGUAUGAAUAAUUAUUGUAAAUACUGUACCAUGUUAUCCAGAAUUGGCCCAUAAACUUCGUCUAUAAACAAUAACUUCCAAGAAUCGAGGAAUGAAUCUUGGAUAAUAUCACAUAAAAUGUGAAGAACUAUGUUGAUCUUAUAAUAUUACGUCAUGUUAUCACAGAAGCAUGAGUGUAUUAAAGUUAUUUAUGAUAAUUAUUAAGUAUUUGUUGUAUAUUUUUGAAAAAUAAAAUAAUCAUCUCCAUUAUAAUUUCA